GACCAACGGAGUUGUUUGCAUCGUGAUUUCAAGGAACGCCGUUUCCUUACACAAAGAAAGAGAAAGAGAGAGAGUUCUGUAACGUUUGCAGGAGGUAGCAUAGCAGACACGAUUCCAAAAGCUGCCUUCUCUCAUAAAUUCUCUGUCAACGCAUAAUCAUUCAAUUGGGUUAUCAUCUGUGACACCAUGGCACGAUGAUUAUGAUGAUUACUCCUAUUCUUUUGCGUACCCUUAUGUUAUAAUAAUAAUAACAAUGAUGAUGUCACGGAUUUUAGAUUGGUCAUAAGCUCUGAACUCUGAACUGAACACAACAGCUUUUGGUUUGUUUUAACGAUGUCGUUGAACCAAGGUGGUGGUGGUGGCGGCGAAGAAGAUGAGCUCUAUGAGCAACUAUGGAAGGCAUGUGCAGGACCUCAUGUGGAAGUUCCUCGUGCAGGCCAAAGGGUCUUCUAUUUCCCUCAGGGACACAUGGAACAAUUAGAAGUAUCAACAAAUCAGGAACUAAAUCAGAGGAUUCCACUGUUCAAACUUCCCUCCAAGAUCCUCUGUCGUGUCGUCAACGUCCAUUUACUGGCUGAGCAAGAAACAGAUGAAGUUUAUGCACAGAUUACUCUAGUGCCGGAAUCAAAUAAAACUGAACCUACAAGCCCUGAUCCGUGCCCUGCUGAACAUCCAAGGCCAAGAGUUAACUCCUUCUGCAAGGUCUUAACAGCCUCUGAUACAAGCACCCAUGGUGGCUUCUCUGUCCUCAGGAAGCAUGCCACAGAAUGCCUUCCAAUGCUGGACACAUCCCAAUCCCAAUCAACCCCAACUCAGGAAUUGGUUGCCAAGGAUCUUCAUGGUUAUGAAUGGCGCUUUAAGCAUAUAUUUAGAGGUCAGCCACGUAGACACUUGCUCACAACUGGAUGGAGUACUUUUGUGACUUCUAAGAGAUUAGUUGCUGGAGAUACCUUUGUGUUCCUGAGAGGGAACAAUGGACAAUUGCGUGUUGGAGUGAGGCGUGUUGCUCCUCUGCAGAACAGCAUGCCUUCUUCUGUGAUUUCCAGUCAGAGCAUGCACAUUGGAGUUCUUGCAACUGCAUCUCAUGCAGUUGCAACUCAGACUCUUUUCGUUGUAUAUUAUAAGCCAAGGACCAGCCAAUUCAUUGUGAGUGUGAACAAAUAUUUGGAGGCUAUCAACCAAAAAUGUAAUGUUGGUAUGAGAUUCAGGAUGAGGUUUGAAGGGGAUGAUUCCCCUGAGACUGACAAAAGAUUUUGUGGCACAAUAGUUGGAGUAGAAGAUAUUUCUCCUCAUUGGGAAAAUUCAACAUGGCGUUCACUUAAGGUUCAAUGGGAUGAAGCUGCAUCUAUUCCAAGACCUGAUAGAGUUUCACCAUGGGAGAUAGAACCCCUUAUUGCUUCUGUUCCCACGUCAUUAUCUCAACAUUCGGUUGUAAAGAAUAAAAGGCCUCGACCAGCAAGUGAAUUUCCAGAUCUUGUAGACACACCAUUAGCUGCCUCUACUUUUUGGAAUUCUGGGAUGACACAUUCUGAGAUGACAAAACUUAGUGUCAUGGCUGAGAGCAAAAGGAGUGACAAUAGCAUCCACAUGUGGCAUCACAAGCAGAAUGAUAAUAGUAAAAUCAGCAGCAAUGGUAUAUCAAUGAAUCAGACAGAAGCAAGUUGGCUAUCUUCUCGUUCUUGUGCUCCUUCUCACUUCUAUCAUGACACAACCGAUGAUAACAAGAGUGUCGCAGCUUGGCCUAUUUCAAAAACUCACUCAGAGAGAUUGAAUAGUGACCAUUUGCAUGACAAGUUUGAAAAGGAUAUCACCAAACUAGAGGCUGCUACAAGCUGUAGAUUGUUUGGGAUUGAGCUUAUUGAUCAUGCCAGAAACAACUCUCCUUCUGUAGAGAAGACUCUCGUGGAUGCAACAAAUGCAUGUGGAGUCACAUCUGAGUCCAGAACUGAUGUAAGACUUAAGUGUGAUAUCUCAAUGGCUUCUAAAGAAUGGAAAAAAGAACAGCCACAAGUAUCUCCAAAAGAGACUCAAAUCAAGCAAAUCGGUAGCAGAAGUUGUACUAAGGUUCGAAUGCAAGGGGUUGCAGUGGGGCGUGCUGUGGAUUUGACCACGUUAAAUGGGUAUGAUCAACUUGUAGAUGAAUUGGAGAAGAUGUUCGACAUAAAUGGACAGCUUCAAUCAAGGGAUAAAUGGGAAAUUGUCUUCACUGAUGAUGAAGGGGAUAUGAUGCUUGUUGGCGAUGAUCCAUGGCCUGAAUUCUGUAACAUGGUGAGAAGAAUCUUCAUUUGUUCCAGCCAGGAUGUGCACAAAAUGAGUUCAGGGAGCAAACUUCCCAUCUCUUCUAUAGAAGAAGAGACUGUAAUUUCAGACACAGCUCAUACCUGAAACAUAAACAUUCUUGUCUUUUUUUAUGUUUUUGUUAGUCUUUGUUGUUGUUGCUUGUAUUGCUUGCUUGUGGUAAGGAAAUUAGUCUAUCUCUGGUAGGAAAGUUUCACUUUAUUGGAUGUGAAACACUGGCUAAUUGUAGCUCCUUAUAGAGACUCCAGGUACUAAUUGUGUUUCCAAAGACCAAUUAGAAUGUUUUAAUAAAUUAGUUUGAGAG